AGAAAAGUAUGCACAACUCGAUGCAAAGUACAAGACUGAAGAACGAAACAUAGCGCAACUGACCUCAGAAUGAACUAUUCCGCGUUAUCACAGAUCAUCAUAACUUUGCUUCUAUUUUCGACUCCUGUUCUGUCUAGAGGCACUAAAUUUGGCUGCGUUGACCAAGGAGAGGUAGCCUUUUCUGGUUUGUGUCCGGACCCAGAAAUUUCUCGGCCACAGUAUGUAAGUGCCUCAUAUGGCAGUUACGAACAAGUUAUUCGUCAUGUUUGCUCCGGAUACCCACCCAAGCCUAAUUCGGGAUGGCCUCUCUGCACUAACAAUUCUGUGGAACUAAUAACUACUGUGGUGUCUUCUCGGUGCAAUUACAAGUCUUCGUGUUCAUUUCAAGUCGAUGAGCUUAUCAAACCUAAUGUGCUCUCGUGUGACUCUGGAUUAUUUAUGUAUUUCGAAGUUCAGUUUGACUGUUAUAGUUACAAAACUGUAUGUGCUUCUCUGGAAUCUGCUCAGAAGCUUCUAUUUACUGGAGUAAAAGCCGGAGAAGUAUCAACUUCUGAAUGUCCAGAUGUCAAGAUACUUGGCAACGUGGCCAAAGAAAAGUGUCUCGGAAGAGAUUCGUGGGAUUCAUCACUAUCCAAGCCAUGCCCUGAAUCGUGGUUUAACAGAGCAGCAUUUAAAAUCACGAACUCAAAUGGCAAGGCAGAUGAAGUCGGGAUGGGCUGGGAGAUGCUGCACUCAGCGCUGAAAAAUCAGUCGUCAUCCGUGGAUCUUUUGGAAGCUGGGAGGACGUUUUACGAAGUUGAACCAAUCGAAAUCCGUUUUAAGGACUUACUGAUAGACCUGUACCUAACACGAGUGGAGUUCUUUUCCGCUUUGCUGUACUUGAAUGUGCCUAAAUACAAACCACCCAGAUUAACCUUCAAUCGGGCUUCCAUCUACAAGCCAGUAUCAUGUCUUGCUACGGAUUACGUCAUUGCUUUUGGAACUGUGGAUUUGGCGUCAUAUACCGACUUAUUCAAUGUUAAAGAUAAAAUUGCUGGAGUGUUUCACUUCAGUUUUAUGUCAGAAGCUAAUUGCAACCUUCUCGGAGCGAACUUUGGACAAAAUGUUACAAUUGACGUUCUGCAAGACCAGGAAGUAUUAGAAGACUCAAACUUCAUGUCAGAAUGUAUAAUGUGGCCUUCGAGCAGUUUGAAGUCACUAGACUUCGAAAUGAGAAAGCCACUCAAAUGCAAAUCAGAAUGGCUCAACUCUUAUCGAACGAAAUGUUUUUGCGAGCCAGUGGCGAAUGAUUUGUUCUUCACUGUCGUGAAAGUGGCAAAGCCGACGUCAACAAUAGCACCUUCAACGACAACUUCUAACUUGACUGCAGCUCCGGCCUCGACUACUCAGCCUCUUUCAAACAGCACAAACCAGAGUGGUGGCGUGACAGAGGUGACAGACUCAAAGGAAACGACGUCACGCAACGGUACACUUGAAGCUGAAGAGUUGGAUCUGCAGUGGAUCAUGUUCUAUGCUGGCAUGGCCCUCCAUGCAUUCCUAGUCUACCUCAUACCAGUCACCAUCCUCGCAAACAGCGCGUAUGGAAAACUGAAGAAAAGUUGCAGUCUUUUUUGGUCUCAAUCGACUACGAGAGUCAACAACAAUCCUCAGAAAUUGUCUUUCAUAGCAAACAAAAGACAAUCCAAGCUAAAAUCUGCGGAGCACCACGCGGGAACAGAUUCAGUCAGUCUUGUAGAUAAGACAGAGUGUAUGAUGAACGAUAAUGGCGUCAAUGUCGUUGGUGAAGUUGAUGCGGAUAAAUGUGAAGUUGACAGGGGAUCUGAACAGUACAGAUACCUGUUUGUGCUGUAUGGACCACUCAGUGCGUUCAUGGCUGCCUCGGCUAGUGUGGCCAUUCUGAUGUGCUCGUGCGCCGUCAGAAAAGACCAGCUGGAUGUAUCUGUUGGCUUCACAGUCGAGAACUUCUUCCUCUCAUCUAGCUGGUUCCUCAUUCUCUUCGCACCGAUUCUGGACCUCAUCUCCAAUACACACUCCAUAAUGCUCAAAUUGGCACUCCCUAUUAUGUUCAGCAUUGUGUUCACUAUUGUCGUAUUUGGAGUCGCGUCGUCUUUCACAGCAAUUGAACGCCUCAAGGUUUUCACCUUUUGCUGGAUUCAGGCGUCAACUGAAGUACUUGGUCCAUUCGCAAUCCCUAUAAUCAUUUUCCUUCUCAUAGUCAUAUUCCUGUUCAAUUGUGCCCAAUGUCGAAAAAAUGAUGACUCCAAAUUAAUUUCACGCAAAGUGGGAGUUGUAUGGGUCUCUUUAUGCUUCUUGUUGCUUCUUCAACCAGUGUUGCUCUUCCUGCUGGCUUCUGAUUGGUCGAUUGAAUUUUCGGGCUUACUCCUAUUGGCUAAUUUGUCGUGUCCAAUCACGGCAAUUGCCAUCUGUCUGCGAGUAUGGUUCACGAAGUUGCACAUUAUUGAAGCAGGACUAACUCGGGAUUCGAGGCGAUCUGAAGAUGGUAGAAAAGAAGUGAUCGUUUUGGAGACUCUGGAUGAAACGAAUCUUUCAUGUACGAACACAGACGACGCGAUUCCUCGCAAGCAAACUCUUGGACACGACAGCAUGAAGAUAACGGUUUUACCAGCCGAAGAUGCAACCAACAACAACAAUAACACUCGUGAUGAGACAGAAACAAAAGUGAAUCAGAGCGAAACUUAGUAAUGAGUUGCAAAAAGUUGAAACUGACAAAAAUCAAUUAAAAGGAGCAAUUGCUGUAUCAUAAAAGAUUUAAGAUGCCUAAUUCAAACAUGUUUUAUAUCUCGAGAUCUGAAAAUUUGAAUAUGGUCGCCCAAUUUGUGCAAGUUUGGCAGAUUGCUCUUUUUAAUUAACGCUGUUUGUUCGAGAACUAACUGUUUGCUACUCAUCAUACAAUGCACCACCUGAACCUAAAACCAUUAGUUUUAUCCGCACUAUUUAUCGAAUAAUUUUGUACUGAUUUCAUCCAGUUUUUUUUUUCAAACAGUAAACCAUACGUGUGCAGUAAAAAUAUGGACAAAAAGUUGCUGCCGUUUUGUCAUCUUUUGUAAUAUUUUACAUCAAAAAGAAAAUAACUUAUUCUUAAUAUUGUUACCUUUUUUAAAGCGUCUUUUUUGUUUAAAAAUGACCUCAAAUUGCGUGCUAAUUUAUUUCAAGUUCUAAGUUUUCAUAGAAUCGAAAUGCUUGUUAGAUUGAUAGCUUGAAUCAUCCUAAUUUAUGUCUGUGGAUUGAAUUAAAUCUAAAUUGUUAUGA